UUGUGAGCGGGCAACCGGGGUAACAUACCGAGCAGCCUCAGCCUGAGAUUUUUUUUUUUUGCAGGACCUUUUUCAUCGUGUCCUCGCUAUCGUAAGGACUCGGAGAGCCUCCACCGGUGGCCGGGACACUUUGUUGGGGGAAACUAAGACAACGGAACUCGUUGAAAGAAAGACAAGAAAAGUACGACGAAGUAUCGUGGUCACUGAGGAAAUGAUUGUGCGGACCUUCAAGACUUCUUGAGGCUACUGGCUAGUCAGAGGAGGGCCCAGAAAUGAGCCGCGUCCUGGGAUGAGUCUGUCUGCCAUCACUCUGUCUCCACCAGACCUUACAGGAGGAGCACUUUGAGCAUUGGAGUGAGGCUGCGUGGUGUGGCGAACGCCAUCGCGGCGCCAUGGCUCUAGUUCAGGCUCUUCUCGUCGCCGACCACCCCAAGCCCACUGUCGACGUCCAGCUGUGCCAGCCGCUCUCCUCCCCUCCCUCCCCGCCAACCUCCUGCGGCUCGGCCACCGCCAUGGGUUCCGUCAGCAGUCUCAUAUCGGGCCGGACGUACCAAGAGAGGCACUGCCGAGCGGCCAGCGAAUUUACCGCCAAGCAGCGGCGCUCCACGCCGGCCACCAGCUGCUUCCGCCUCCAGGAUAACACCCUGCGCAGCGCCAGCUCCUUAGAGCAGCUGCUGGUUAUCUGCAACCAAACGCAAGAGCAACACCCCCAGGGCCAGGUUCUGCCGCCGCCGCUGCCCACCAAGAAGCAGCCUCGGCCCGGCAACUCUGCGGCCGGCAAGGCCGCGACAUCCGCCGUGAACAAGAACUCUGGAUACGCCAGCAAUGAGGCGGUCGUCGGCGAUUGGAAUGACAACGUGGUCGUGUCCGCUGGCAGUCCUUGCAGCGACUCGGAGGACCAACGGGACAAUCGGACUCUGAACGGCAAUAUCGGAGGACCUCCCCCCAAACUCAUCCCAGUUUCCGGACAGCUUGAGAAGAACAUGGAGAAGGUGCUGAUCCGUCCAACAGCGUUCAAGCCCGUCGUUCCCAAGAAUCGCCACUCGGUGCAUUACCUUUCUCCGCGACCAGGUGGCUGCAGUCUGUCAGAGAGCCAAGGCAGCCUCAACCUCCUCCUUCCCCUCGCCGCGUCCACUGGCGGACCAAACGCAUCAAGCGGCAAUAACUCCUCUUCUGAAGACAAGCGCGACUCCUUCGGCGGGGUGUGCAACGCUCGCGGCAGCCAGUCUUGCUCCAUGUCUGACUCCGGGAGGAACUCCCUCUCCAGCCUGCCCACUCACAGCAGCACGGGCUAUAGUUUGGCCCCCAGCGAGGGCUCCAGCUCCGGGUCAGCCCACCCGGAGCCCGGGCACGUUCUGGUCAGAAACACGUCAAGUGGAAUCGGGAUUCACGGUCACUCGGAUAGCGGCCGUUCGUCGUCCAGUAAGAGCAGUGGCUCGGGGUCACUGAGUGGGCGCGGGCAGCCCCUGUCGGACAGCGGCUCGUGCGGCCACUCGUCGCCGCCUGUGGAGGGCUACGAGGUGGUGGUGCGGGACCUGGAGGAGAAGCUGAGGGAGCGCGACAUGGAGCUUCAGCAUCUGCGGGAAAAUCUGGAUGAGAAUGAAGCCGCCAUCUGCCAGGUGUAUGAGGAAAAGCAGCGUCGCUGUGAAAGAGAAAUGGAGGAGCUGAGGCAAAACUGCGCCACCAAGAUGAAGCAGGCCUCUCAGAAGGCCCAGAGGGCGCAGCAGGUGUUACAGUUGCAGAUAUUUCAACUACAGCAAGAGAAAAAGAAGCUGCAGGAGGACUUCUCGUCUCUGCUGCAGGACAGGGAAUCUCUGGAGAGGAGGUGCGCCACCAUCCAGCGUGAGCAGACGCAGCUCGGCCCGCGGCUGGAGGAGACCAAGUGGGAGGUGUGCCAGAAGUCGGGCGAGAUCUCCCUCCUCAAGCAGCAGCUGAAGGAGAUCCAGUCGGAGCUGAGCCAGAAGGCCGGCGACAUCGUAACGCUGAGGGCCCAGCUGAGAGAAGCCCGAUCGGAGCAGCAGGCCGGCCAGGCUCGCUGUCAGGAGGCUCAGGCGGCCCUACGCACUCGCGCCCUGGAGCUGGAGGUCUGCCAGAACGAGCUGCAGAGGCGCAAGAGCGAAGCCGAGCUGCUGCGGGAGAAGCUGGCGCGCCUGGAGGACGAGACGCCGCUGCGCCUCGGGAGCACCAAGACCCCGUGCGUCGGCCUGCCCCUCCGUCAGGGGCGGAGCCUGUCCGGCAGGGGGGCGCCGAGCCCCUGCGUGUAUCGCGACGUGGAGGACUGGGGAGGAGAGAGCGAUGAAACCAAAGCGCUGAGGCAGAAUGCAGAAACUCUGCUGGGACUCAGACAACAGGUUGACAGGCUGAAGGCCGAGCUCAUGUACGAGAGGAGGACAAGUGAGGAGCAGCUGUCUCGAUUUGAAGAUGAACGCAGGGUGUGGCAGGAGGAAAAGGAGAAGGUGAUCCGCUACCAGAAGCAGCUGCAGCAGAACUACAUCCAGAUGUACCGGCGGAACCGCGACCUGGAGCGGGUGAUGCGGGAACUGAGUCUGGAGCUGGAGACCAGGGACAUGGACGACUAUGAGAUGCACAGCGGCAGCAAUGACAUCCACUUUGAGGAGAUCACCGCCACCGAGAUAUAAAGAGGCGAUGUGAACUCGACGUCGGACCAGGAAAAAAACCCCCCAAAAAAACGACGGCUGGCUUUACCUCUUCAGCAACUCCCAAAGGUGCAUUCUUCCUCGACUGCUGCACUCCUCGUGAUCUUUCAUACAGCGUUUCACCUGCACUUUUUUCUUUUGAAGACUUUUGUUUAACCACGAAAAAGAGAGCACAAAAAAAAACAUUUUCUUCUGAAGCGGCGAGGAGUGUUCAAAUCAGGGAGGAUUGUUGGAAACAGCAAAAAAAAAAAUGUUGGCCACGUGCACAUUUUCUUACGCUUAACAACAGGGCACAAGCACGCAUGUCAUGUCAUGUGAUGAUAGCGCCCACUACGUCUGCUACUUAACGUUUUAUCUUCUUCAAAGGCGAUAUUAGCCUGAGCAUGCUAACGUUGAUUCUUUCCAUCUGGUAGUAUCACUCCGAACCUUGGGAGGGCGAUAGUGAGACAAAUGAUUCACCAAUGUUGCUUUUCUGUACUCGGCUCAGUUUGGCGCGGUUGCUUUACCGCUUAGGGUGAAAAAAAAAUGGAGGCUGUGGAGUAUAACAGCAGCAAGAGGGUAAGCUAACCUUUACGUGAUUUUCAUUUCUUUGUACCCUUGAAUGUUACACUGCUCAAUCAGCAAAUGGCUCACAAUGCUCGGAACCAGCGUAGACCGGGAAGUACAAGUAUAGUAAAUGUUACAUGCUUAGCAUAUAAUGACAAACACCAUAGACAAGCUCAUAGAUAUUAGCACAUAUGCUACAUAAUCAUAAACCUUCAAAGAACUGCUACCCUAACGCACUCGGAGCGGCAAGGCAUAGAAACAAAGCAUACAACAACAAAGAAUUAGAUAUUGUGUAUUUAAAACGCCAAAGUGUUCAACCACACCAUUUGAUUUCACCUCAUGAAAGUCCACUAGCUUAAUGCUAACAUACAAUGUGAAAGGUCAUAGAAGGGCUAAUGGAAAUGAGCAAAGCAAUACAAUAAUUGUAAACCUUCCGCUGCAAGUCUGCCUCUUCUUUUUGCUCUGAAUUAUGUUCUAUCUCUUUCUGUAGACUCAGUGCUGCCAGUAUUGUUGUGGCACAAUUUGGUACUACACUCUUUUACAUUUGAACUUGGGAGUGUAUUUAAAAAGUUGUUUUAACAAACAAACAAAAAAAUGCUAGAUCUUUUUAAAUAGGCACAUAAGUAAAUAUUUAGUUGGUUGGUUAAUUUGACACCUGAUUGGUGGACAGGCACUCCAGAGACAAAACAAUUUGUAUACAAACAUUGAGAUGAUCAAAACAAGGGCAACAGUGGGAGGUGUCAGCAGGAUGCGGCUGAUUCUUGCUUUUCAUCUUCCUCCGCCUCCUCUCAAAAGUAUUUUUAGCAGCGUUAAGAAACUAAAAACGGAGUUUAUUAGUCUCACUGCUGCUUCUUUUUCAGGCUGUCGUUUGAACUUGAGGUGGGCCGCGAUGCACGUUUUCCCUUUUGGGCUUUAUUUAGCUUGCAGCAGCCCAAAGUCGCAAUCAUUUGAACUCAAGUUUUCCAAGACUUUUGUGAGCUGAAGCCAAUCACAAAGCACAUUGCAGACAAAAAACAAAUCCUUCAGUUCGAACUGUGAGGAAGACGUGCGACGACUUUCAUGCACGCGAUUUUCCCCAACUGCUAAAAAAUUGGAACCACGUUUUCAGUACAUACUUAAAUGGCAUAAGUUGAAGACUUUAAUGGCUGCAAAGGGUCAUCUUUAAUUCUGAUUAUUUUUAUGACUCGGCAUGAGAGAGCUUCAAUUUUCUAGACUAAAAUAUAUAUCGAAUAGGAGAUCUAUAUCGUGAAGGCUGUAUAUUUUUGAUAUACGUAUAUGAAUAAAGCACCAACUAAUAUUUUUUGGGUUCUUGUUGUUGCACCAGUAUCAGGGUGGGUUUCAUAUGCCAAUUGUAUCUAUAUGAAUGUCUAGAAAUAUAUCAACAAAAACGGAACAUUAGAGGAACUGUCAAGAGAGAAAGCCCACAAAAUGUAACCUGCAAAUGAUUAUUAUCAUAAAGAUUUGGUUCAUAUUUUUUCAUAAAGAUAUCUAGUUUAGCCCUGGGAAGUGUUUCCCGACUGUUACUUGUGUCUAUGAGUGUAAAUAUGUAAAAGAGUUGAUGGUAUAACACAUUAUCUCGGAUAUUUCACAUGUAGCUAACGUGACUAUAGACCAAAGGAACCAAAUUCAAUUUUGGUUUGUUUGUUUUUUGUUGUGGCUUUUUUUAAAUCCUUUUCUACGUUAGUGUGUUACGUCACACUUGAUUCAUAAGUAGAUAUCGUUUGUGUAAAUGUGUACAUUUCUUGUAUAAAUGACCGUUUUGUUUUUUGUUUUUCAGUAAAGAGCAAGCUGUUACACCUUCAA